UGCGCGCGCAGCUCGGCUCGCUGCCCGGCGGAACGCAACAGUGUGCUCGCAGCCUUGCCACUAACCGACGGUACCAUGACGAAUGAUGUGCUGGUUGCCGCGGUAACGGCCGGCGCGAGGCGAUGAUCGACCACAUGGGCCGGCCGCCCUCUCACUAUGCGGCAGCAGUCGACCGAUACGGUCGACAAGGCAGUAUGCACGGAGGAGUCUGGCGCGGCGCGGCUGGAGGCGGUACUGGUCGCGUUGGUGGAGCGCAAGGCGCGCGCUUUGCACGCCGAGCACGCCCGCCGUCGCGCACGCACUCACCCCUUGCUGUUGCUAUUCCGGGACCAUUUGCCAGACGAAGAGGCAUGUAUGGUGGAGAGCCCCGGGCAAACGCUACCAUCGCACUGGUGUGAACACGAGAUCGCGAGGCACAAACGCAAGAAGCUCAAACUGCAAAUGCACAACAAAAAUGCAAACAGUCCCGGCCGGUUGGGGAGCGAGCGACGUCGCCGGCGACGCAGGCGCAGUCCGCACGCAAACACACAUUCACACAAACCUAAGAAGCAUCGCACGCUGCUCGUAUCCGCUAUUGAUGAACAGGCGAAGGUCAUACACGUGCUGGAUCCAGACGAGUUGCCGCGGCGGGCGCGCUACACGAUUAUGGUGACAGCCUGUCUGUUGCUCUUCCUUUGUCUGCUAUUGGUCGGAGUUACGCUCAGAAUGGCCCCUCUCAUAGACGACAUGGUUCGGCAGGAGAACGAGCGCAUGAUGCACGACGCGCUCCAGGUGGGAAUCGUAAAUCGCACCCAGUCGUCGGAGGCAUUUCGCUGACGCCGCGCUAUUCCCCGCGCCCACGGCUCGAUAACAUCCGACCGGCCGCCGCCCCGCCCGAGGAGCCGCCAGACUUGGGGCCGCACGACUUGGGGCCACCGGACUUGGCCCCGACGGCACCAAAUCCCGACGCGAAUCACACCGACACUACCAACGGUCAUGGUAUCUUUGGUCUUCAGGUAUCGGUGAGCCAAACCCCAGCGGGUCCCGCGUGAAUACCACGUUAACAUCAGUAUAAACCGGGUCUGCUUCAUCCGUUUCCAAUAGUUGUGGUGUUGAACGCACAAACUGCGAGUGAAAAAUGUUCAUUUGUCGACGAGCGACGAACACAUGGCUUUCAGUGUCGAGUUUAGAAAGUGGUAUAGUCUAUAAUAUAUUAAAGAACGAAAUGUUAUUUGUUGGAAUAUAUCUGUAUGUAUAGAUGUAAUAAAAGACAGUUUCUUAUCCCGUGAUAGAGUAGUAACUAGUUUGUAUGUGUAUUUACAUGUCAGUGGUAAGAUUUUAAUAUGUGUCCUUAUUGAAUGACGUCACCUCUUACAGAUUAAUUGAGAAUUUGGUGACGCGAUUAGUACUGAAUAAAGCACUAUGAAGCUAAAGAAAUUAAAAAUAAUCUGUCCCGGUAUCCAGGUCUUUUAAAUGUUUUUAUGAAGAUUUGAAAUCUAAAAUUAUGUAUACGUUUUACAGUAAGUUAACAAAAUUUUUACCUUUCAUCAUUGUACAAUAUGUAUAUAAGUUUUUCAAACAGAAUCUUUCCUUAAAUCAGCAGCACACAUGUUAAAUAACUUCGGCGUAAUUCACAUAUUUAUAGUAAUAAACUACAAACAUAAUGUAAUAUACAAAAAUCGUAACAUUUAAAUUGAAUAAAAAGUUAUACUAUCACUUAUA